AUGUCCGCGCCGGGCAAGCUCCAGUCGACUCGCUCGCUGCUCGGGGCCGCCGCGCUGGCGGGCUUGGCGCAGGUGGCGCUGUCGGCUGUCUGUGUCGGCGCCGGCGGCAAGCUCGGUGCUGCAGCGGCGGUGGUGGUGGCUCGUGAGAACUGA